UGCCAUCUAACCAGUGAAGUUGAAAGAAAGUGUUGUCUCUGGUUUGUUUUCCUGAGAUGAGAAAUCUUGAAGCAUCACCACGUGCUUUUAGAACCAAGAGCUCCACCCUUCACCGUAUAAACAUCAGAACAGCUUUACAAAGCGACGAAUAAGAGCCACUUACUCAUUCUGUUUCGACAUGGUAGUACUAGUUUGCUGAAACAAUGGAGAAAAACGUUUAUAUUGUUCUACAUAAAAUCGACGAGGGCGCAUUUGGAGAUAUUUUCUGCGUUCAAAGUCCCAAGAGCAACAAUGUCCUUGCAAUGAAACAGAUUCUUUAUCGUGGAGAAUUUUCCCGUGAUCCUUAUAUCAUGCACGAACUAAAAAAUCUAUCCAAUCUAAAACACGAUAACAUUAUAAAGUUAUUGGACGUCAUUAUAAGUAAUACAAGCGUGAAUCUGAUCAUGGAUUUGGCAGAAAAUGGGAACUUGGAAGAGGCAGUAUACGGAAACAAACUUGCUAGCGAUCAAUUGUAUCUCAUUUUUCAUCAACUGCUCUCAGCUGUUCAUUUCUGUCACACGAAAAAGGUAGCCCACAGGGACUUAACGCCAUGUAACAUACUACUCACAAGUCAGACGAGUGUUCGAUUGGCAGAUUUUGGUCUGUCCGUUCCUUGUCGUGAUUCCGAGGGCAAAGUGAUUCUGUGUGACGACUACCUCGGACAUCUACAUUAUUCAGCCCCGGAAGUGUUGAAAAAGACCCCAUACGACCCUCUGUUGUCAGACAUGUGGAGUCUCGGAGUGGUUCUAUACUUUAUGAUUCAUUCAAGCGUCCCUUUUGUCGGCGAGGAAGAAGACAUUAUUUCUCAACAAAUGGACGAUCAAAUUGUCACUGAGAGAAUCAAUAGAGAACACGAUUAUAACGAGACGUGUAUUGGAAUUUUUAGAGUCAACAUGAGGUAUGUUCUGAGAGCAGCUCCGGAGAAGCGAUGUGUUACGGAUUACUUGUUGCAACUUAUCAACAAUGAAACAUAAAAUGGUAACUCAUCACAAGAAUUCUAACGAAACAUUCCUGUUCAUUUAUAACAAUAUGUAAGUUUAGUAUCAAUGCAUUAAUACAUGUACUGAAUAGAUGUGUUCUUCUGUAAUUCGUUUAUCACUAAAACUAGAGUCAUUUGUUAUUAAAUAAAUAUUAUUGCUAUUUUAUUGCCAAACAUAUCUAAAAUCUUAAUGAUACUUUAAACUAAUCAAUGUGUAACGCCGUAAGGAUAGUAGUUGAUUUGAAAAUGAAAACCAAUCUAUCGAGCAUACACUCCUCCCCUUAUAAAUAUAAAAUUGACCAUUUUCAUUUUUAUAAUCUAUGAACAUAAUAUUUAAAAUGUUAAAAUGUUUUUAAGAGUAUUGUAGUUGCUCGUAAGGAGCUUAUACAUAUUCAGUAGUAUCUUUUUGUAUUCAACAAUUCGGUGAGGCGAAAUUUCUCAUCAUUCUGUUUUUACAAUUUAAUUUUUCAAAUCAAUUAUAAUCUGCGAUAGGGUCUUUUUACCAGCGACUAUUUUUAUACCCGACAGCUCUGAUCGGCAUUGUGUGUGUGGGGGGUGUGUGGGGGGGGGGGGGCGGGGGGGGGGGGGGCUCCGUGGCCGAGUGGUUAGAGCAUCGCGCUCAAAAUCACACGGCCUUUCACCUCUGGUCGGCGAGGGUUCGAAUCCCGCUCGCGCCGUAAGUGAGAAAGUUUCCCAGUUUACUUUCAGAAGGUCGGUGGUCUCUUCCCAGUUACAUUGUAUAUCUGGGGUUCUCUCUUCCACCUAUAAAAACUGGGCGACACCAUAUAACUGAAAAAUUGUUGAGUGUGGCGGAAAACAGCAAAACAAUCAAUCAAUCUGAUCGGCAUUGCCUAAUUAUUUCUAGAGACACACGAAUUAUGCUCGAUAUAUUGAUAAAAAAAUCCCAGCUGUCUGAUCCUCUGAAAUCUGACAAUCUAGAAAAAUAUGAAAACGUUAUAUUCACCCCCAUAUGAAAUAUGAGAACGUCAUACUCACCCCAUGUGAAAUAUGAGUACGUCCUAUUCACCCCCAUGUGAAAUAUGGAACCCACAUGUUGAUUCGAGGUUAAUAUAAUAACAUUUUCCAACAUCGGAUUGGAAAUAAAUUGGUAAUUCUUAAAUUGGUACGUUUAGUUAUCAGUUUGUGGUCAUCCAAUGAAAACUUGUGUCUUUAAUCUCUUUCGACAAGGUCUUGCACUCUCGCUGUAAACAAAGGUGGCCGGUCAGAUAUCGCUUCGAAAGCUCUAGUGGCCGGUUUCGAUGCUUUAAACGAUAAAACAACUAUUGAUAUUUUCUCGGUCAUACUGUUUUGAUGAUUAAUUCAAGUCUGAAUUGACAAUAUAUAUUUAUGCUUUAUACAUGAUAAGAUAUUAUUUAAAUCAAUUGAUCUAUCUAGUAUUGAGCGUUGUUUUACUUUUAUUGUCCCCACUCACAUUUUCCAUGAUGAACGUCAGGGAUUUCUGCAGUACUGUGAUAAGCCUAUCAACCUCAUUUUAUAGUUACUGCUGCCAUCUAACAAAUACUUAAUCCACACAAGAUUAAUUCUGAAACACCCACUGUCAUCCCUUUAUACACUUCAACAGCAGUACUGAAUUACUCUUGGUAUAUUUUUCUUUUAUUUCUUGCACGGAAAUGUACCAAUUUGGUCAUUUUUUUUUUUACAUGUCACGUUAUGCCAGAAAUAUAUUUUUGUACUUGUGAUACACUGGGAUACUAUUCUUAUGUAUUUUUUUUUAUAGCGUAUAAGGUUUACAUGCAAUUAAGAAAGCUAUGCGAUAAAAAUGUAAGAUAUCUUAGUGGUUUUUAUUCAUUUAUAUACUAUAUGAUAUGUCGCCAUUUCAUAAUAAAUGAUAUUUGUUUGCAAA